AUUUCCGCCGACUGGAAACUCAUCCAUGGUGGCGUUGAACGUUUGUGUUGAGAUUGGGAUUUAAACCGGCAUUUUAAAGUGUUUUCCUCGUUAAAAUGUCGGACUCUUUGCUGCAGUGGUGCGUGGACCAGUUACACCAGCAGUUUGGAUUAGAGGCAUGUGAAGACAUCGUCAAGUAUAUUCUGUCCAUAGAAUCGGAUGAGGAGAUUGUGGAGUACUUGGGAGAUCUCCUGCAGGGCACGGAUGGCAGAAAAGGGCAAUUUAUAGACCAGCUCCUCAGCAGAUGGAGGAAGACUCAAAGACAGGCCACAGAUACUGCGGGUCUACUCCUCCUCAAAGAAACGGUUUCUUUAGAUGCACAAGAUCCAAAUAAAGACGCUCAGAAAAAGUCUAAACGUAAGGGCCGCAACAAACAGGAAGCGAUAUCUGUGAGCCAAACAGAACCCGAGCCAGAAACUGUCAAAACCCCCAUCGAUUUGAUGAGGGCUCAAGAAAACACUUCUUCUACAAAGAAGAAAAAUAAGUUUGUCAGUCUAUAUGCUAAAGAGGGACAGGACAAGCUUACUGUCCUCCUUCCUGGUCGACAUUCCUGUGAGUGCCUUGCUCAAAAGCAUAAACUUAUCAAUAACUGCAUCAACUGUGGUCGGAUUGUGUGCGAGCAAGAAGGAUCAGGACCAUGCAUCUUCUGUGGAAACCUGGUCUGCACGAAAGAGGAGCAGGAGAUCCUGCAACGAGACUCCAACAAAAGUCAGAAACUGAGAAAGAAGCUUAUGGGAGACUGUGGAGAAAGAGAUUAUCUCCCACACCAGGAGGCCAAGAUGAAGGCUGGCUUGGAGAAGGCUGUCCAACAUAAGGACAAACUGCUGGAAUAUGACAAGAAUAGUGUCCGUAGAACGCAGGUUUUAGAUGAUGAGUCUGAUUAUUUUGCAACUGAAUCCAACCAGUGGUUGUUGCCUGGCGAGCGAGAAAAGUUAAGGAAGAAGGAAGAGGAGCUCAGAACUCUUCGCCAUGCUUCUCGCAAGGACAGGAAGAUUACGCUGGACUUUGCUGGUAGACAAGUAAUUGAUGAAGGAAACAACCUCAAUGAAUAUUACAACAAGUUGGAUGAGACCCUCAAGGUUAUGAGCAGUGACACCAUGUCAAAUUCACAAGUGUCCUCUGGCAGACGAGGUGGAAAGCAGAGCCUCGGAGAGCUGGUCAACCCCAACAUAACACAGUCUGCACCAGAGUGGGUGAAUGUCAGAGGCAGUGAAAAUUCCAAGAGAAAUAUGGAGAAGAAAAAUGGUUUGGUGGAGGACAAGGGAGGAGAAGAACGUAACAGGUUGCGGCUCCAAGACAAAGAGCUGCAGGAGAUGUCUGAUGGUGGCUGGUGCCUCAGCAUGCACCAACCAUGGGCCUCACUGCUAGUCAAAGGCAUCAAGAAGGUAGAGGGGCGAACUUGGUACACUUCACACCGAGGUCGUCUUUGGAUUGCUGCUGCUGCCAAGACGCCCACCCCACAGGAAAUUGCUGAGGUGGAAGCAAUGUACCGCCACAUCUAUAAGAAAGAACUCAGGUUUCCUAAAGACUACCCCACUGGCUGCCUGUUGGGAUGUGUCCACAUGACUGACUGCUUAUCGCAGGUGCAGUUCAAAGAACAGUUCCCUGGUACCUGUGAGGAGUCUGCGUCCCCUUUUGUCUUUAUCUGCGCCAACCCCCAAGAGCUGCUGGUGAAAUUCCCCAUGAAAGGAAAGCACAAGAUCUGGAAGCUGGAGAGUCACUACCACCAAGGUGCCAAGAAGGGGCUGGUCCCAUCAGCGGCAGACUGAUGUCAGAGGAGGAGCUGAGAGAACAAAAAGAACUAUCUCAAAAGAACAUGGCGAAUUAUGUUUUCUAAAAAGAGGCCACAAUUUUCACUGGGUUGUUGACCUGACACAAUUUUGCUGCCAAUUAAAAUGGGAAUUGUUGAAAUGAAAAA